ACAGGGAUCACCAUCUUCGCCUUUCUGUUACAGGUCACGAUCACUAGCGAAAAGAUGGCACAUAUACUAAAGCUGAACGAGGUCGAACUUCAAUCCUUCAGCUACGACUUGCGACAUGUACUUCAGGAUCCACAGGAUGAAGAGUUCCUCCGGGCUCUCAGGUACCGCGUAAACUCGUACUGCCUAGUCUGCCGCCUUCUCCCGGAGAUGCUCGCCGAGAUCUUUGCGUACGUCGCAGAAUCCGAGUCGUCGAAUGGACGGGAGCGCGCCAUCGUGACUAUCACUCACGUCUGCCGUCGUUGGCGCGAGGUGGCUCUAGCGUUUCCGAAUCUCUGGGCAUCAGUAAGCUAUGACGAAGAACACCCCAAUAUGGAGCAGUUUUGGCUGAUGUACGAGCGGGCCAAAGAAGCGAAGCUCGAUGUUUCUAUCAAGCUCGGAAGUGAUUCAGAUCUUGCUGACGAAAAGCUGGAGAUUAUGCAGCACUUUCUAGGUCAGCUUUACCGUAUUCGUGAACUGUCUUUGAGCCUACCUCUAUGGAAACUUCUCCUCAACGGCCGGCUUCCUAUCGUCGUUGACCCCCUUGUUUCUGGAUCAUCCUCUCUCAAACAUCUCAAACUGACCUCAUAUUACGACGCACUCAACCCGACCCCGAUCCAGCUCCCAGAAUUGUUUAUGAACCAUGCGCCAGAACUAUACAGCUUGAGUCUCUACGGGUGUAUAAUUCGCUGGGACUCGCCCAUCUUCCGAGGAUUGACACACCUUUACCUUAGCGGUAUGCCGAAUUUCUCUCCCACAGCAGACGAGCUCUGGAACAUCCUGCGAGGCUCGCCAGCCCUUGAACACCUUGACCUCUCUGAAGUGUUGGCAAGCAUGGAAGACGUGGAGCCGCCGCCUUCCUGGAACCUGGAAGCCGAAGCCAUCAUCCACCUCCCUAGGAUCCGUCAUAUGGGUGUUUCAAAUCCUAGCUUUGCAGCGUAUGCCCAGUUCUUCUCCCACAUCUCCAUCCCCGAAGAUGCCUCUAUCUUUGUUUUUGCUAGAGUAUCUGACCGCGGACUCCAGCAGCUUGCUACACUCCCCCUUCUUUCGCCCGCAUUUUUCUCAUACCGGCACGCGCCAGCUGGAGGCGAGUUAAAGAACAUCAAAACCAGUGUCGAGCUUUCCCUGAAUAACUCCCCGCAUAUUUACGUGGAUGAAGUCUACGUACCCAUUGAGGAUGGCUCCGAGAUGUACCUGCCCGCGACUUGCGGGACUGGGAAACGUCUCUUCGCUUUCUUCAGGAUCGCCGACAGGUCCGCAUCCGUCAACCCCUAUAGCUCCUUCCGCACAGGCACGCCUUUCACCAACGUGGAAGAGCUCGUGAUAACACAGGAUAAGGCGUUUCUGCACACCGCUCCUUGGCAUGACAUAUUCACUGCUCUCCCUCAACUUCGGGCUAUUAAUGUACGUGUGGAGGAGGAGCAUUUUUCAGGCCUGAUCGAGGCGCUUGUACCUACCGAGGAACGAGGCGCACCAGUACCAUUGCUCAAGCUACUUGGACUAUGGAGCCGUUCUGAGAUUAGCCAACCUCAUCAUCAUGCGGAACGGCUAGCGGAGGUCUUGGAGCAGCGUGCGCAGGCAGGGGCGCGUCUUGACAGCCUUAAGGGGUCUUGGUAUGUGGUGUCUGAUUCGGCGCUGACGAAGUUGGACCAGGUCGUUGGUUUUGUUGAACGUUCUGAUUAGAUAACGAUUUUCUGGUAACCGACUUGCCGUUGGGCAUGUAUAUAGUAGUGUUACACUACGCAUGGCUACUUCCAAGGGAUAUUCGACGACCGGGAUUCAGUACGUGUUGUCCAAGAGGUAUAAUACGUCGGCAUCCACGCUGACCCUAGGUCUGAUGCCUGCCGAAGGGGCAGAAUUCAACGUCGACAUUGUCGAACGCCCUCAGGGGUUUGGGCUCCGGGCCGAAAUCCCCCGAGAGUUCACUUUGGAGGUGUCAAAGGAGGUGCGCCGAUGCGCUCGAAAUGAGGGGGGACCUCCGUAUGGCGCAGUCGCAGCUUGCCCUUCCCCGUCACGACUCAGUCAAGUCUCACUCCGUUCACUGGACAUCGGUCUCACAAGGUUCUCGAGAAAACGAUCUAAUAUCGCCAGCCUCAGCCCCUAUCUCUUUCCAGGUUAAAGCCGGACGUAGCAUCCUCGUUGGAUCGCCAGUAAGGUCUUUCAUAGCAACGAGACCCAAAAGUCGCAGUCAUGGGCGGUUUGAUGACUCAUGCACUGCCGAGCGAGGACGAGCUCCAGACUUUCUCCUCUGAUACGCAAUAUAUGAUUCAGAAUCCACACGAUGAAGCAUUUUCACGAACUCUCAAAUACCGUAUAAACUCGUACUCUCUAGUCUGUCGCCUUCUCCCGGAGGUACUAGCCAGAAUAUUUGCUCACCUCACGGAUGCGUGGACUGGACAGAAGCGCGACAUCGUAACCGUCACGCAUGUCUGUCGUCACUGGCGCGAGGUGGCUCUAGCGUUUCCGCAUCUCUGGUCAACACUUGUCUAUGACGAAGAAGAACGCUCCUCGACGGAACUGUUUUGGCUAAUGUACGAACGGGCGAAAGGAGCAACACUGACUGUUUCCGUUCAUCUCCGCGAUGAUUCGGACCUCGACGAGAGAAAACUGGAAAUAGCGGAGCACCUUCUCGGGCAGCUUUAUCGCACUCGUGGACUGUCUCUUACUCUACCUCUAUGGAAGCUUUUUGUCCGUGCCCAACAAAGUAUGGACUCUAUCUUUGAGGCACUUGGCACCGGAUCGUCAUGCGUUAAGCAUUUUUGCUUGUCCUCACCUCAAGAUACUCUCGACCUAGCUCCAUUCCCGAUCCCAGUCAAUCUUUUCGAUCAUCAUGCCCCUGAAUUACACAGCCUGAGUCUCAGCCGCUGCACGCUCCCAUGGAACUCGCCAGUCUUUCGUGGGCUGACAAACUUAGACCUCGACAACAUGUCCAACUUCUCUCCCGCAGCAGAUGAACUCUGGGACAUUCUUCGAGGCUCGCCAGCCCUAGAGAGGAUUCGCCUCUUUGAAUUAUGUGACAACAUGGAGAACGUGGUACCACCGUCUUCCUGGAACCUCGACGCCGAUGCCAUCAUCCACCUCCCUAGAAUCCACCAUUUCACCCUAUAUAAUUCCAGCUUCGCUGCAUACGCCCAGAUCUUCUCUCGCAUCUCCAUUCCACAGGAUGCUCACAUUGACGUCGUUGUCAGGGUGUCGGACCUGGGACUCCGACAGAUCGCCGUACUGCCCCUUCUCUCCCCUGCAUUUCUCUCCUUCAAGCGCACAGCAGCUAACGAAGAGCCGGAAUUCAUCGCUAUUAGCAUCACUAUCGAGCUGAAGAACCCGUUCAGCAUCUACAUAGAAAAUCCUUAUUUCAGAACCGAGGUUAACCUUGGGAGGUGCCCAGACGUGGCUUGUGGGCAACACCUUAACGCGUUCUUCUUUAGCGGCGACGAAUCCAC